GGAGCUGCGGGGCGGCGCGGCGCCGGCAGGGGCACCUGCGGCGGCGGUGGGCGCGGGAGGCGGCGCCGCGCGGCUGGGGCGUCCGCAGCGCUGAGAGGGCAGGUUCGGCCCCGCCGCCGCACAGGCCUCCGCCGCCGCUCGGCCCCCCCCCUUCCCCUCCCCCGCGGCGCCUCGCAGCGCCGGUUCCGCACGGAGAGAGGCGCCCGGCGUCAAGCGGACCUCCAUGUACGACAAUUUGUACCUGCAUGGAUUUGAAGACUCGGAGGCGGGCUCAGCAGAUUCGUACACAAGCAGACCCUCAGACUCUGAUGUCUCUUUGGAAGAAGAUAGGGAAGCAAUCCGCCAAGAAAGAGAACAACAAGCAGCUAUACAACUUGAAAGGGCAAAGUCCAAACCAGUAGCAUUUGCUGUUAAGACUAAUGUGAGUUACUGUGGAGCCCUGGAUGAAGAUGUUCCUGUCCCAAGCACUGCCAUCUCUUUUGAUGCCAAGGACUUCCUACACAUUAAAGAGAAAUAUAAUAAUGACUGGUGGAUAGGAAGGCUGGUGAAGGAGGGCUGUGAAAUUGGCUUUAUUCCAAGCCCGCUUAGACUGGAGAAUAUCCGCAUUCAACAGGAGCAGAAGAGAGGGCGUUUCCAUGGAGGGAAAUCGAGUGGAAAUUCUUCUUCAAGUCUUGGAGAAAUGGUUUCUGGCACAUUUCGAGCCACACCCACUUCCACGGCAAAACAGAAACAAAAAGUGACAGAACAUGUUCCCCCAUAUGAUGUAGUUCCUUCAAUGAGACCUGUUGUCUUGGUGGGUCCAUCACUGAAAGGCUAUGAGGUGACAGACAUGAUGCAGAAAGCUCUCUUUGACUUCCUGAAGCACAGGUUUGAUGGGAGGAUAUCAAUAACUAGAGUGACAGCUGACAUUUCUCUUGCUAAGAGGUCUGUUCUAAAUAAUCCGAGCAAGAGGGCAAUAAUUGAGCGGUCAAAUACAAGAUCCAGUUUAGCUGAAGUACAGAGUGAAAUCGAAAGAAUCUUUGAGCUGGCAAGGUCCUUACAACUGGUUGUCCUAGAUGCAGACACAAUCAAUCACCCUGCACAACUUAUCAAGACAUCUUUAGCACCAAUUAUUGUCCAUGUUAAAGUGUCUUCUCCAAAGGUUUUGCAGCGACUGAUUAAAUCUAGAGGAAAGUCACAAAGUAAACACUUGAAUGUUCAGUUGGUGGCAGCUGAUAAACUUGCACAAUGCCCACCCGAAAUGUUUGAUGUAAUUUUGGAUGAAAACCAGCUCGAAGAUGCUUGCGAACACUUGGCAGAAUAUCUUGAGGCAUACUGGCGUGCUACUCACACCACCAGUAGCACACCCAUGACUCCUCUCCUUGGGCGAAAUUUAGGAUCAACUGCACUUUCACCAUAUCCCGCUGCGAUCUCUGGAUUACAGAGCCAGCGUAUGAGGCACAGCAGCCAUUCUACAGAGAACUCUCCAAUUGAGCGACGAAGUCUAAUGACCUCAGAUGAAAAUUAUCACAAUGAAAGGGCUCGGAAGAGCAGGAACCGCUUGUCUUCCAGUUCCCAACACAGCCGAGAUCACUAUCCUCUAGUGGAAGAAGAAUACUCUGACUCAUACCAGGACACUUACAAACCCCAUAGGAACCGAGGAUCCCCUGGAGGAUAUAGCCAUGACUCACGACAUAGGCUUUGAGUUCAAGAACCUGGGGAAAAAUAGUAUUCAUCAGUUGAUAACUUGCCAUAACGUAGCUAGAAAAGGAAAAAAAAUCAUCUUAAUUUGGCAGAUGUAACGCGGUUAUACUGAAGUUGCACUCUGCUGUCAUUUGACGUUAAGUAGGGGGCAAAAAAAAGUUACCAUGCCCUUACGUUUAUGCCCGAUCAUAUAGGUUGUUUUUUGGAUUUAUUUUUUUCUUUUUAGUACAGCAUUUGCAUUUAUAGCCAUACUUUUUCUUGUCGUUAGAUAUUAGACACAUCCAUUUGUAAUUUAGGGUACUUAUCAAGGCACUUAUAAAAUAAUUUCCUGUGCUGGAAAUUCCAAAUGACCAGUUCCAGUUGGAACCAAUUUAUAAACCAAUUCCUGUUGGAAUUUGGGUGAAUUGACUGGAAAGUCGACUUGAGCAUGUUGCAAUCAAUUGAGACAAAUACAAAUGAAAAAUCUGAAAAUUACAAACCACUAGAAGCCAGAAAGUCAGCUACAGUAUUUUUUUGCUGGAAGCUCGAUUUACAUUUAAAGUUAGAAUAAAAGAAUUUAUUCUAACUACUUAUUUCCAGAAUGGCUUUUUCAGACAAACCAAAUGUAAACUAUUGCGAGUGCCAAAUAUCACAAAUUAUUGCAGCAGUUACAAAAUACUUUCCAGUUUGAAAUUAUUUUUAGACCUGGCAUGAACGUUGCAGCAAAAUGAUUUCUUUAGUUUAGCCAGUACUGAUGUUUGUGUUGCAGUCAGCAAUGAUGAACUCUGACAGGACAAGGGGAAACAGAAACAGGGAAAUGAACAAACUUUAGAAUAGUUUGUAUGGUUAGAGGUUGAGAAUAGUCUUUUUUUUCCUCUUGUUUACCUGAAUAUAGCUAACACUCCCAAAAUGGAACAUUAGCAUACAGAUACAUAAUAUUUUUCUCCCAUUUUUAGUAUUCUGCCUUUUCAAAUGGAAAACAAUACACUCUUCUUACCCAGUGUGUAGAGUACCUACAUUCCAGUACAUGAGUACCUACCUGUAUGUUACAUCUUUCAAAAUCCAUCUUUGAAUGUCUGAAAAUUCCAGCACCGCACAAGAACUCUCCAGAAGAUCAGUUUAAAUUUCAGUAAUGAAAUUUGAGGGCAGGGAGCGGGGUUAAAUAUUUGUAAAUGAUGAACAUUUAAAAUAACAUAUUGGUCAGAAUUAGCUUGCAAUAAAAAUGGAGUUUCAGAAAAAAAUCUGCUCACAGUAAAGUUGUAGAGCUGGCAUUUUUGACUCAAAGAACUAUGAUACAUCUUUGGACAUAUUGCUGCCUUACUUCCAAAGAAUCACUUCUUUCACCUACUGAGUCCUCACUUUCUUUAAAUAGAUAAAUUUAUGUGAUUAGACCUUCUGUCUUACACGAUCAGUGAAGCCUUAGAUCCAGUGUGAUUGAAAAAUUUACCGUAACUGACAUUUUGUACAACCCACUAAUGUCUUUAAGCAGAGACUCCUGGAAUUCCCCACUGCAUGCAGUUUCUAAAAUUGACAGACCUGCGCUGAACAUGCAGGUUUUUAAUGCAGGUUCAUGUCAAAACUCUUUUUUUUUUUUAAAUGGGAAUCAUUAACUUUUAUAUUUGCUUAUUUUUUUCCCAAAGCCUGCUAAAAGUAAGCAUUACAAACAUGUAGCAGUAAAUGAAUUUCCUGAAUAUUACGGUUUCUUCUACUUUCUGGACCAGUUAGCAAAGAUCACUGGUAUUUUCCACCACCGUUGAGUCUGGUUAUCUUCUUGAUGUUAACAACGAGAAAAGUAAUUCAUCUCAUAUCUGGUACAACCAAAAAUGUACAUCUCUAGCAGCAUUAAAAGAUUGCGGAUGCAUGAUCAAUUUUUUAAACAACUUCACUGCCUAAAAGGCAGCCUUCAACACCACUAGAUGAUUCGAAUGGGCCAGUUACCAAGAAAAAAAAAAUGAAAAUAUCUGCAUCCAUUGGAGUAAGAGAGUUAUGGAUAUGACAGACCUGAUCCUGCUUGAUUUUCUCAGGCUGAAUGCCUGCAGAUUCCAAAAGAGCAUUGAGGCUGAGAGAGCAUGGCGAGAUCUGAUCUGGGAAUGGUAGCUUCAGCUGCCUUCUCUAAUAUUUUCUGCUAUAGCACAGUGGAGCAUUCUCCGGUAAUUUUUACAAAUCUUUGUUAUGUGUACAGCACACAUACCUGCAUGAGAAAGAAGGCAUUAGGCAAAACAUUUUUUCUAUAAGCUUUAAUAAGUUUCUUGUUUGUGUGCAUUAAAAUAUUAAUUGCAAAGGAUGCACUGAGAUGUAUAAACCUAGAUUAGACAGCUGUUUAUCUUUAUUCUGUAGUAGCAUUAGGGAUCAGAUCAUUUAACUGCUUGAAGAUAUUUGCAUUUUAAUGGCAGGUAGCUGUGAAGCACCUACAUAUAUUUUCUAGUAAACAAGGUUACUGCUUUAUCAUUUCCUAGACAAAAAUGUCAUUUAUUUCUAGAGCCUUUUGGAGCCUUGUUUUUAAGUCUUCCAUGUCAUGCUAGUAAAGGGAAAGAUCUACACAACACAUAUGCACAAAUUCCAUCACCUGCAGCAUCUGAAGUGCCAAAACUACUUUGUUCUAAUAAAAACAAGCUUGUGAGGGAAGUCAUGUAUUGUCUUGAAAGAACACGCUGAGUUCCUUUAUUACGUGGGUUUAAGUUUACUCUUGUAUGUAAUUGGUUUGCCCUCUCCUCUCCCACUGCCCAUUCCAUUUUAAUGUAAGAAACCAGUUAUAAGUGAUCCAGCAGGUCUCCUUGCUUGCUGGUUUUUUUAUUCUUGGAAGAUAGAUAUAUCUUUAAGUACAAAUAUACUGAACGUGCUAAUAGAUUAUUAAUUUAUUCUAGAUAUGAGCUAUGGAAACUAUUUUAAAAAGUAAAUUAUUUUUAGGAAACACGGUAAUCAGUAAAAGCUGCAAUGUUGAUCAGGACAUGUUAACUCAUAGUAUUUGUAUUAGAACUUCAGCAAUGCUAGCCAGCUGUAUUGUGAUUUAUUAUGCAAUGGCGCUAUAUAAAAUUGUGAAGUUCAUGUAUUCCUGAAUGAAUACGAGUAAGACUAAUUUUCCAGUCCUCGUACCAUUUCUUCUUGUUAUUAAAAUAUUAUCAAAAGUUUUGUUCCUAAGGUCUGGCUUAUACAGAGGAUUUUUAGAAACAUUUAUAAAAGUUUGUUGUUGUUGUUAUCUGAGAUUUUCAUUAGGACUCUUUUGGAUGAUAACAACAAUCAUAAUGAUGAUGAUAACAAUGUUAUCAUAAUGAUGAUAACAACAAAGAUAAUAUAUGUCAGUGCAUUCAUAUGCUUGUGAAUGAAUUAACAAAGUAUUUUAAAAGUCUUGAAGCCACUUUAAAGACAAUUAAUUGUUAAACUUUUAAUUUAAAAUACUUUGGCAAGUUGUAUUUAACAGAUGUACAGGUUCUUUUACUGGUUCCAUAGAUGAACAUUUAUCCCUUGGGAUGCACAACUCACAACUGAUGAUGUUUUCUAACAUUAGUACAUUAGGCAAUUAUGUUUAAAGGAGUGCAACUGAAGCUGGUCUAGAUCAAAUUUUAGUUUAUGAACACUGGGCCAAAUUAGGUGAUCAUUUUCUAAACAGGUCGGUCUGGCAAAAUUCAGUUCCUCUGCUUGAGAAUUGAUAGCGCAGUAUGGCCUGACACCUGGGCUUUAUCCUGAAAAAUCAUCUUGCCCCUAAUUUUGUUCUUGAUAUGCAAGAGCGGUCUCUGAAGCAAGCGCUGUUACCUCUUGCUAGUCACCCUACUUCUCGGCUGCAAGGCGCUCAGCCUGCUUCUGAUACCAGGCGGUUCUGACUUAACUCUGAUGGACCCAGCUAAACGAAGUGUGCUUGGGAUAUCGGAGGUGGUUCCGUGACUCGUACUCGCAGAGUCACUCUGGGGUUUGCUGUAAACAGAGAAGCAUUUCGCUGUGUUUUCUCCAGGUUCAAAAGCUGCUUCUGGAGUUGGGAUUUGGGGGUUUAAUCUUUUGCACUCUUUGCUUUUAAAAGAAUGUUUCAUAUGUACUUAAGAGAGUGAAAAUUACAAAAAAGGAGAAGAGGUAACGGUAGGACGAACGAGAUGAUGGUAGUUCCUCUGGAUGUGUGUAGGCCUCUCACUUCAAGUUCAGUUUGGCUGCAAAUCUUCUCAACUCAGUUUGGUCUCAAUAUCGUAGACUUCUCUGGAACGUCCCAGAAUCUCACAUCUUUACUGAUACCGUUCUCAAAAUAAUACUGCUAAUACUAUUACUUUAUAGCACACUGAUGUGAGUAAGUUAGGGCUUUCAUUAGUCUUUUUUUUCUUUAAGAAGGUAUUAAAUGCGUCUUCUAGUAUAUUUUGUUUCACAAGUUCAGUGCUUCUUAAGCCUGUCCUUGAUUCCAUGGUCUUCGGGUUUUUUAAAACAAAACUAAUUGGAGACACAAGUGAAAAAAUCAGAUGCGUUUUUGUAAAAUACAAUUUAUACAAAUCUGUUUUCACUCCUAAAAAUGUAUAUUGUAAAAUGGAGUUACAUUACCCCAGUUGGUAUUAAUAUAAGUUUGGGUACAGGAGGUUCUGCUACCAUGUGUGUUGUUGCAGUUACCUCUCGUUCCUUCCAAUAGUAGUUCUACAAAGAGUGACAAGACUGCAAGAUACUGUAAAGCAGCCAAUUUUAACUCUGGGGAAAUUCAGUUCCCACUAUCUUUAAAAUGAUGCCAAAAGAGAGUAUAUUAUUUCAAGAGUCGUCAUGUGAAUAACCUUUAUUAGAUUGUUAUUCAAAUUCAAUUUAUAUAGAAAAAUAAAGGUACAUCUUUUAAAAAUAAAGGAACAUUUCAAUAGUGUAAAAUAUAUGUAACGAAUUAAUUGGAGAAAGAGCUGAAAAUGCAACUUAGUAUUGAAAUUUGUGUUAAGAUCUCUCUCACUAUUUGUGGAAUCCAUUGAAGAAGUCAAGAGAAAUACUGUAAUUGAAUCCAUAUAGAGAAUUUUGGGAGAAGGUAGAAAUCAUUUUAAAAUGUUAUUAAGAGUGUGUCAUGCCUUUAUUCCUUUGGAAGUGGUGAAACUGGGAGUAGCAUUGGCUUGGUCUCGGUGAUGUUUAGUAGAUUUGCCUUUUCCCCUCACAUUUCUUGGCAGUGAGUUACUAUCUGGACUAGAUCCUACAGACACCUACUACUGGACACAGUGGUUAUUACUGGCUUCUCCGCAAGGCGGUAUUUGCAAGGUCUGACCAUAAAUGUCAUAUACUGAUUAUCGCAUGCCUUAUCAAUAUUUCCUGAAAAACAAAAUGUAAUUAAAUUUAACACCACCACAGUCCCCUUUGAUACGAAUUCUACUCUGUAUAAGCAGUAGAAAAUCAAUACAGCAAGAAAAUACAUUGUACAGUAUAGAAUAAUAUAUUUUGCCAAUGAUGUAAAAACAGAGCAAUGAAAAAGAAGCACAUUUGUAAUAGCACAAAUUUACAAUAAUUCCACUAUUGCAUUUGGCACUGUAUUUUUGAAAAAAAUGGGUAGAUAUUUUGAUCCAGCAGCAAUGCAUUUUUGAUCAGUUUAACUUGCUGCCUGAUACUUCAGCAGUUUAUUUCUAAGCCUUGCAUUUUGCAUCUGUGAUUAACUUGUAUUCCUUCCAUAUUAAUUAAUGAAAAAAAAAAGAACGUUUUAAAAUUAAAAAGUCCAACGCAUUCAUUUCUGCUAAUUUCCUCCUCAAAGCUGAAAUUACAUGAAUAACUUCUAAUUUUGGCCAACGUAUAGAUUUUGGCAUAUGACUGAUGAAUAUACCACGAACACACCAGUAGCCCAAGGUCGGGAAUGAAAUACUCCCCGUAAAUUGAGUUCUUGGGGCUACAGAGCUUUCACGUAUGGGGACAGGGAGGUGGGGGAGAGAAGAAUGUUACACCCUAAGAGCUGUGGACAAGUCCACCCAAAACUUCCACUGAUACUGCUGAGAAUUUAAAACAUAAAGUAAGCUUAAGGACUGCAUGCUUCAGCCCAAGGUGUAUUUACAUUUGAAACACGCCCGAUUCUCUUCUCAUGUAGAGAGACAGUUGGUGACGGGGUACAAGAACAGCAUAGGAAGAGAAUCAAGCAAAAUGCAAAUUGUGUGCAUGAGAAAUAAGAGGGGUGCAGAAAGAAGAGGAAAACAGUCAUUCAAACUGCAAACUAUGGACCUUGGGCUUCUCAGAUCCCAGAAAAUCUGUUUCUCACCCAAACUGGUUCCCAGUGAUAGCUUGGCAGUGUUACCUCCAGCCUCACUGGGAGCCAGUUCGGAGUCACGCUGGUAAAUUACUGCCUUUACUACAAACAAACCCACAAAUUCCUGUUUUCUGCUGAUUUGCCCCUUUCUGGUUUUACUUCUAUAGAUACUGUAUGUGUAGCAUUCUACAAGGCAUGCUGGGUAAAAUAUACUAUGCAAAUGUGUACAGUGUUGCAUGCUUUGCUCUCCCUCUGCUUUUAGUGGCUUUCAAAGAAAAAAAAGUCGUGUUAUUUUUGUGAUCAGAAUCAUUUAAAAAAGAAAAUGCAGACUGCAUGCUGAUAGUAUCCUCAUUUCUAUGGAUUUGUUUUAUGGAAUUUAGAUGUACAAAAAUGAACCGCAUUACAAUAACUUUUCUACAAUAAAUGAAAAAACUACAAACCGU